UGUUAACUGGUGCUUACAGUCUGUUUAUAUGUUUUUAUUUAAGUAGAAAUGUGAGUUCAACAUUCGUAUAAUUGCUUUUGGAAUGCAUCAUUUUCACUGUGAAGUAUGAUUCUAAAAAUAAACUUUGCAGUUUGCAAUGUAUCUGUGUCUCCCUAUUUGGUUGUGUAUACUGCAGUUAUGAGAAGUUUCAACGAUAAACAACAAGAGGGAGACUUCAUGCAGGCGAAGAUCCUUACAUCCGAAACCGCUUUAACCAAAUGGCCUCGGAUCAUCUUCCUAGCAACAGGGAGAUUCCGGACACCAGGAACUCCAUGUGUCGCUCCAAAGGUUACAAAAAGGACUUACCAUCAACAUCAGUCAUAAUCACAUUCCACAACGAAGCCAGAAGCACGCUGCUCAGAACGGUUGUCAGCGUCCUGAACAGAUCCCCUGAGCAUCUGAUCAAAGAAAUCAUCCUAGUUGAUGAUUUUAGCGAUAACCCAGAUGAUGGUUUGGAGCUGGCUAAGAUCCAUAAAGUUCGGGUUCUCAGGAACGAUAAACGGGAAGGUUUGAUGAGAUCGAGGGUCAAAGGAGCAGAUGCAGCGGUAGCUUCUGUGCUUACCUUCCUGGACUCUCAUUGCGAGUGCAAUGAGAAGUGGUUGGAACCACUUCUGGAAAGAGUAGCUGAAAAUUCUAGUAGGAUAGUUUGUCCAAUUAUCGACGUUAUAAACAUGGAUACCUUCCAGUAUAUUGGAGCAUCAGCAGACUUGAGAGGUGCCUUUGACUGGAAUCUUAUCUUCAAAUGGGAGUACAUAGAUUACAAAGAAAGGCAAAGGAGAGAGAAAGAUCCCACAGAAGUUAUCCUUACUCCAAUCAUCGCUGGAGGUCUAUUUGUGAUAGAUAAACCGUAUUUUGCAAAGCUGGGCAAGUAUGACAUGAUGAUGGACAUUUGGGGUGCUGAGAACCUGGAACUCAGCUUCAGAACUUGGCAGUGUGGCGGGUCGCUAGAAAUAGUUCCUUGCAGCAGAGUAGGUCAUGUCUUCAGAAAGAAACACCCGUACACUUUUCCUGGAGGUUCUGGGAACGUCUUUGCUAGAAACACUCGGCGAGCUGCCGAAGUGUGGUUAGAUGAAUAUAAAGAACUCUACUACCAAGCAGUACCUUUGGCCAAAACAGUACCGUUUGGAGACAUAUCAGAAAGAUUGGAGUUGAGAAAAAAGUUGCAGUGCAAACCAUUCAAGUGGUACCUUCAGCAUGUUUAUCCUGAGCUCCAGGUGCCAAACAAAAUCUUCACACCGGGUAGACCGACGUCUAUAAGGCAAGGCCAUAUGUGCAUGGAUACCAUGGGGAACCUUCUGGACUCCAUUGUGGCCAUGUUCCAAUGUCACAACAACGGGGGAAACCAACAGUGGACUUACACGGAUAGCGGCUACAUAAGGCAUCACGACAUCUGCUUGGAGGUUAGGGAUGUGUACAAAGGAAGUGAGGUGCUCAUGAAAAUUUGUGAUGGAAAUGAUAAUCAGAAGUGGAAACUGAUUCAGCCUGGUGGAAUGAUAAGGCAUGCUAGGUACCCUCUGUGUUUGGACUCUAGGUAUGCCAGGUUCAAAGGAAUUCUAGCUGAAAGGUGUAACAGUGCUCUUGAGUCACAAAGAUGGCAAAUUUUAUAGGGAAUUAUACCAGGACUAGGAUCAAUGGGAACCUGGAACCAAACAGUACCUUUGGCCAUUUGGUGAUGGAGGAAUAAAAGGACUCGUCCUACUAGGCAGUCUCUUCGUGAUGCGGGAAUACAAAGAGUUGAACUACCAAACAGCCCGUUUGGCCAAAAGAAUGCCGUUUGGCGAAGGAAAUUGCAAGAGGUUGUAGUACCAAACAGUCCAUUCUGCCAAACAGUACCGUUUUGAUACGUACGUACGAAGAAUGUGUCCAGUGGUGUGAGGAAACUGAGGGGUAUUCAUUUCAAAAAGGCCAGUAUUAGAACCGUGGUUAACAAUAUAAGUUUUUUGUUAGCAAUUAAAAUGAGUAGGUGCAGCCAUUGCUCAUUCUUAAUGUUGAAAUCUAUGAUUUUUAGAGUAUGACAGUGGCAGUGAGAUAAUUGUAUGGAGUACGAAAAAUAUAUGUGUAUAGUUUCACGUAUAUUUGAGUUGCGUGGAUGCUGAAACUACGUGCAAUGCAAAAUGGCACUGAUAAGAAUUUAAAAUAAAAUUUUCAAAUAUUAUGAUGCCAGACAAUAAACUCUAUAACUCUUCGAAACUGUCCGUAUAUCUUUCAUGCAAAUCUAUGCUUGCACUGUACGGAUAUCACCAAAAUAUUUCUCAAACAUCUCUUCAUCUAAUAAACGUUUGAUAGAAAAAUCAUAACCUUUGCUCAAUUUCUUUCUUGUUACAUUGGAACAUUCUGUAGAAUUCCUCGAUAUACGACUAACGACAAUAAUCUUAUCUUCAAAAGGAAUAUCUAAGUAUGUUAAUUAUAAUCAAAACAUUAUUAAUUGACUUCCUUAUAAAUAACCUACUUGUUGAUUCCGUACCAAAUACGUACAUUUAUGUUGACGGAUCGUUUUGAUUCAGACAUUAGUGCCUUUUACAAAUAUGAAAUAACAUCAGAAUUGAUGAAGAUCAGACACAGAAGUUUAGCAGACAGAAUCAACCGUACACUUUUUUUGUUUAUACUCCAACUACCACGAAGGCCUAAGGCCUAAACACCCAUUGGGUACCGUGGGGCUAUAGGGGGAUACAGGGGAAAAGGGGAACGCCACACGGAUUCUGGCGAGGGAAAACGUGUGCAUGCAACAUGCACACAUUCUGGCUCCGCCAAGGAGAUCCGCCGGGUGGUACCUCCGCGUUCGACAGUCAGAGACCGUCUACCACCUACGGACAAUCACAACGUCCAUAGCCAAAAGAAAAGUUUCUCCUGGGACGGGAUUCGAACCCGCACAGCGCACGGCGACUAAUCAGGAGACCGAAGAGUCUACUACUGCGGCCACCGCUUCUGCCUGCUUGAAUUAGAUAAACCAGAGAAUACGAAAUGGAUCCAAAAUUAACUGCUGCAACUCUAAAAUCAUAUAUUAGGCAUGCGAAAGGGCCAUUCAAAAAAAUAGUAAACUCUAAUCUUUGAUGGCGUCAUUUCUGCGUAUGAAGAUAAUCAUACGUUAUUAGUAUGUGUAGCUAACGUUGAAUGUAUUUCUUUUACGCACUUGGGUGGUGUUGUAACACCUAUAUAUAAAAUUGUCGGUUAUAUAAGAAAGGUAGAAAGCAAGUUCACUGCCACAAAUAUGUAGUUUUAACUCAAUUAAUAUGAAGAAUAAUAGCGUCUAAAUAUGACAGCUUGCAACAGAAUAAGGAAUUGCGUUUUGAACUUUUGUAAAUAAUUAGUCAGUAUUAUUAUAUAUCUUCAUUGUAUAUACGUUUUACAGUUGCAGGUCCAUGUAGCAAAAUAUCACAAACAUUAAUUUAUUUGUACACGUGAAUGUCCGAUAAGAAUAUAAUAGUCUCACGAUCGCUUAUCAACUUAUUAUUUGUUAUUCAUCACAGCUUGUACAUGUACGUGUAGUAUUUCCGAAACAAUGUUAUAUAAUAUUUUAUUUAAUUGCAAAAUUUAUUUCACAUUUGACAAAUAAAUUCAAUACAUUAUUGUUGAAAUCAAAAUAAUUUCACAAGUGAGCUGAAGCAAACAUUCGUUUUCAGGGAAGCGUUUUCGAAACCUCGAUUUGCACUGACUUUAAAUCACCUAUCUGACAUGUCAUGCAUCACAAUUUUGCAGGUUUUUGUCUGGAACAGGGGUGGAUCUAGUAUGCACUAGGCUUGGGAAACAUGGGGCUCUUCAACGCGGUUCCAGAGUAGACACACAAACACACACAUAUGAUAUUUUGCGUUUCUCGCACAAUAACUCACCAGCUGAAUAGUCUGGCUUGAAGCCACACCAUAGGCACUGAUUUUUACUUAACUUAAUCUAUAUAAAAUGGACUCAAAUGAGGCGGACAGUCCAUAUGACCAUCAAUGAAUGAAUGUUGCUUCCGAGGGCGGGAUUCGAACCCGCGAGCCGAGUUUCAAUAGUCGGGAUCAUCUCUCCUGCCAUCUGCCAAAAAGCGCUUCUCUUUCGUCGCUUGUAGCAUCGACGCCCUUUUUAUGAAGUGCAGAUCUCUCCGCAGCCAGCAAAUCAAUUGGUGGGAUACCAGCUACCACCAGCAGUACUAUUCGCUGGUUUCUCAACAUUCGAUAUCUAUAUUUCUUUUUCAUUAAGGCCUUGUUAUAAUGGGUGGGCCAUUUAAAAGUUUCGAUUUAAAAAUAAAAUAAAACAAAAACGGUUUGAGAUAUUGCCAAAUUUAUUUUUUUGUUUUGAAGUACAAUUGUUCCGCUCAGAAAUGAAAUAUUACUUCAUUCAAAUGGCUGCCGCGGCUGGCCUCACAGUAGCCCAUUCGAUCGGACCAAUUUUCGAGCACUUUUUCGAGUGUUUGGGGCCGUAUCUCGUCAAUGGCAUCACGAAUGUUGGCCUUCAAAUGGUCAAUUGUCUCUGGAUGGUCGACAUAACACUUGUCUUUAACAGCGCCCCACAGGAAAUAGUCCAAUGGUG